UGUUUUUGUUUCUGAUUUGUAAACGCCCCCUGGUGGCAGUUCGACGCCUCGCAAAGUCGGAGUCAGCCAAUCAGAGAGGACGCGCUGCCGCAUGUCCUUUGACUGACGGGAACUUCAGCCAAUGGCGGUGCGCCUGCGCAGCUGGCAGCGCUCUGAGAGGGCGGGGCUACAGUCCGCUCGGCAGCACAGCGGAAGAAAAUGGCGGCCGUGGCUGCAGAGCCAGGAGCUGCGGCGGUUCUAAUCACACCGACGUCGGCGACAGUCGACGAGGACCCGCCAGAAACGGACCCGGGACUCCCGGGAGCCACGCAGGAAUGUGACGGGCCGCGGGAGUCCGGUCUGGCCGCAGAGUCGGUCGUCACGCAGGUGGAGGAUGGUGGGGACGCGGAGGAGCGCCGCCAUGUCGGGCCGGAGCUUGAGCCCGCGGCGGGAAAAGCUCUCUGUGAAAUUGUCGUAACGGAUGAAAAGACCAACAUCUUCCUAGCGGACCGGAUCAGCGUGGACCGGUUCUGUCCAGGACUCCCGACGGAUUCAGAGGGCGGCGGAAAUGUGUCGGUUCAGGCGGCGUACCGCAGCAUCCUCUCGGAUCCGCAGCCCUCCGCCGUCUUUCUUCACUCCUUCCCGGCUCCGCCGCCCGUCACUGAGGCCGGUCUGUCUCUGGCCGAACCGGCGGUACCGACCACUAAUGUGACGACAGAUCGAGUCGAGACCGCGGGGCCAGACCGGGGAUACACGGUCCUUGAGUACUCUGAGCAGAGGCCCGGGCCCGCGGAGGACGCCAUGUUGGACGUUUCGUUCCCGGUGAAGCCGGACUCGCCUCCCGGGUGCGUUAAAAAUUCUGCGGGGAACGAGGAACCGGCGGACCGCGGCCUCAGGGACCAGUCCCCGCAGAGACGCCUGACGACGGACACCGUGAAGCAGGACGAGUCCUCGCGACUCGAGCCAGCGCCAGAACCGGGGCUCGGCGGUGCUCCGUCACUCGCUUCCGUUCAGGAUCUGAGUCCCGGGUCCGAGGUCCGGGUCUGCCUGGAUCACAUCAUCGAUGACGCGCUGGUGGUGUCCUUCCGCCUGGGGGAGAAGAUUUUCUCCGGGGUUCUGAUGGACAUUUCCAGAAGGUUUGGACCGUAUGGAAUCCCAAUCUCUGUGUUUCCUCGCCGCGAUGACUGCAGUCGACCUCAGAUGACCCCUCAGGCGCUGCCCAUCGCCAUCGACAACCCAUCCACCAAACAAGAAACGACCCCUCCCCCCUCCCACCCCUGGUCCUCCAAACCGCCGCCAUUGUUCCAGGAGGGGGCGCCGUACCCUCCCCCUCUGUUCAUCAGGGACACGUACAACCAGGCGUUACCUCAGCCGCUGCCGCGCAAGAUCAAACGACCGAAGCGUCGUUAUCGUUGCGAGGAGCCGACCUCCAUCAUGAAUGCCAUCAAGCUCCGCCCCCGGCAAGUGCUUUGUGACAAGUGCAAAGGUGUGGUGGUGUCUGGCGGCCACAGGGAGGCGCGGCGGGGGCCGGUAGAUCUGAGGGGCGAGGAGGCGUCACGGCGGCGGAAAGCGGCCGAGGCACCAUUGUCUGCUGAGGUAAAGAGACUGAGGAGUGACGACAGAGGAGGACGUGGCACCGCCGCCACCGACAGACGGGCGCCAUCAGGGAUCUGCAUGUCAUCUUCAUCGUCGUCGUCGUCCUCACGCCGCGUGCUGAGGGGUGUGGCUUCGUCUUCAUCGUCCUCAUCCAGCCACAUGCGUCUGAAACUGAACGCUAAGAAACCGCUCGCCAAAGCUUCUGUCGUCGAGCGUUCCAAAGGAACACCGGUUCUCAAGCUGGUGAGGAGCUCGGAGCCCCCACUUCGCCGACCCAAAGACCAGAACCAGACACAGAACCAGAACCAGGACGGCACCAGGGCGGUUACAAGAGCUGCCGCAUUGCAGAACCACAACCAGAGGGUCCACUUCACCCGCCGCCUACAGCACCUCGGUGGCGCUGCCAGCAGCGCCAGCUCCCAUGCGGCGCUGCCGCCCAGAAUGCGCCUCAAACCCCAAAGGUAUCGUACCGAUGACAGCCAGGCCCCGCCCUCCUCUCCCCCGCCCAAACACAGCGCUCGCUUGUCACCUCCCAAAUCUACUCUAAGCCCCGCCCCCACUGUGGACCUGGUCCUGCCCACUGCUCCGCCCUUAGCCUCCACCUGUGCAGUCAGUGUUGCUGAGGAGACGCAGGAGGGCGGUUCUGCAGUGGAGGAGGGUCCAGAUCAGGGAGAGGGAGGAGCUGAGGGGCCACCCCCCUCUUCCUCCUCCUCCUCCCACUCGGAGUGCAGUUCCACAGAGACGUUUGAAACCCCGCCCUCUAGAGACCCGUCCUCCUUUCCCUCCUCCCACCCCCCUGCUCCCUCUUCCUCCUUGUUAGAACCUCAGUGCCACACCUCCUCCUCGCCACCCCCCCCUCCCCCCAGGUCUGACGGCGAGGAGGCGCAGGUCGGCGUUGAAGAGGACGAGGACGAGGGAGGUGAACUAAAGCGGCGCCGUAAGUCUUCCACAUCCUCCUCCUCUUCCACGUCUUCGUCCUCAUCCUCCGUCUUCUCCAAGGCGGUGUCCAAGUGCUCGCUACCCGACGGUCGGACUGUGUGCGUCGGCGACAUCGUCUGGGCAAAGAUCUACGGUUUCCCCUGGUGGCCGGCCCGCGUGCUCGGCAUCUCGGUGGCGCGGCGCGGCGACACAGGGCUGUCGGUGCGGCAGGAAGCGAGGGUGUCGUGGUUCGGUUCUCCCACCACCUCCUUCCUGCCGCUGGUGCAGCUGUCGCCCUUCCUGGAGACGUUCCAGUCUCGCUUUGACAGGAAGAGGAAGGGACCGUAUCGCCGCGCCAUCGCCGAGGCCGCGAGCGCCGCCAAACAGCUGACGCCUGAAGUGAGAGCCCUGCUCACACAGUUUGAGACGUAGCAUACAAUAAUUAGGCCCCGUCCCCCCGCAGGUGGUGGUGAGGCAGAUGAUGUUUAUGAGAGGAGGCGUGGCUUACUGUUUGGGUGUGGCUUAUCGCUGCCGUCUCUGUCCCGUGUCAGGUGUCGUUAGCGUCAGAGGUCACUGAGAGUCCAGGCUUCUGAUUGGUUCAGAACACACUCAUUUACAUAAUUAGUAAUCGAGAAAAAUUGUUGUAUCGAUCACAAUCAGGUGACUAAUGGUUGUGAGGAAUGCUGACAUAAUGAUGUCACUUCCUGUUUCCUGUUGGUUCUGCUGAAAAAAAGUGAAAAAAAAAAUUAAAAAAAGAUUAUGAUGGUGUUCAAACUGAGGCCCGGGGUCCAGAACACAGUCAGGUAAUUCCCUCUGAUCAAUACUGUGACAUCCUGUUUCAGACCCAUGUCCCCCAAUCCUGUCUAAGACCCAGGUCUUCGUAGUGCUGUAUCAGACCCGGGUCCCUGAAGUCCUCUAUCAGACCCAGGUCUUUAUUGUCCUGUCUCAGACCAGGUCCCAUGAUGCAACAAAAAUCCGAACUCUCACAUGAUAAUUUUAUCAGAUGUGAAGGGUCAGCUGUUUAUCACGGUGAAGCACUGCUCCAGCACAGGGGGGCGUGUCAUCUCUGUUGAUUUUUGAACUUUUUUUCGCGGUGAUGUUUGUGUGUGUGUGUGUGUGUGUGUGUGAGUGAGAUAAGACUUCGUAAAUGUGGUGUCGCAGUUUUACAGCGGCGGCUCCAGUCAUGACGUUUUCUUGAUUAAGAUAUUUGUGCUGCUGAGGAUCAGUGUUAGAACAGACAGAGGGUCAUGUGACCGAUGAUGAAGGUGACUCCUCCCCCUUUCUGCUGUGUCGGACUCUUUUGCCGUCUGUUUGCAGAUCAGAGAGUCCACGUCUGUACAUGUUUGUUUUUAUUUUCUUCUCAUGUUUUAAAUCUGUUAAUAAACUUUCAAACUUC